AUGAGCGGUGGUCACACCGAGCCGUCUCCGUGGGCCUUCGGACAGCGGGCCUUGCCGCGGCUGUCAGACGAGCUGCGGUGCGCUGAGCCGGGCAGCAGACCGCGCGCUCUGGCCGCUCUCUGCGACCUGGUCCACGACCCGGAGAGGGCCUACGAGACGAUUAAAAACGGCUGCUUGGAGCAGCUCAAGGACUUGUUGAAGGAUGAAGAUCUGUCCAUCAGAGCUAAAGCCGCCGAGGUCCUCCACAUCCUGGCAGCUCACAGCGUCGGCAGAGAGGCCCUCCUGCUGUGGGACGUCCUGUCCCCUCUCUCUGAGUUGCUGGGGGAGUCUGAUGUUUCCUGUAGGAGAAACAUUCAUGGAACCCUGAACAGACUGGCUCAUCUGCCCUCAGGAGCUGAAGCCAUGCUGACCCUGGGUUUGGUGCCCAGGAUGCUGAUGAAGGUUGGUGAGGAGGAGGAGGAGGAUGUCAAGGCCCUGCUGCUCUCCUCCAUCAGUCUGUGUGUGAGGCUGGAUGCUCGGCCAGCUCUCGCCUCUGAUGGAGUCUCAGUCCUGGGCCAGGAGCUCUCUCACGCCUCCUCCCACAUCCGCACCGCCGCUGCCGCCGCCCUGCUGGCCAUCAGUAUUUUGCAGGAAGGGAAGCAGAGGGUAUGUAAGGAGGGGUUACUUCCUGUCCUGGUGAGACUGCUGACAGACAGCGACCCUGGAGCCCAGGCCAAUGCCGCCGGCAUCAUCAUGAACACUGCUGUCGCCACUCAAGGUAAACUGCAGGCCCUGGAUGCUGAGGUCUUACCUCCUCUCCUGGACCUGGUGUCCAGCAGGCACCGGGCCGUGUGUCUCAAUGCCCUGCAGGCCCUGACCGUCCUUGCUGAGGCCCCUGCCGCCCGCCAGCUCCUCCUCGAUCACCUCCAGCUGCUGAGGAGCAGGACAGGAGCAGAUGAGGAGAAAAUCGUCCGCAGAGCAGCUAACACCGCCGUCAGAGUUGUCACCUGGAUGCCAUGA